AUGUUGCAUAGUGCGAUCAACAGUGUUCUUAUAAAAAGAAACGUCGGAUCAAAACCAUUUGAACGUAGGAUACCCUAUAAUACGGUUAAACGUGAUCAAUGUCAUGAAGAUGUUGGAAAAAUAAAAUAUCGGUUGGGGAAAUUUGUACCAACGAUGCAACAAACUUAUCAAAUGAAUUUAAGACGAGGGACGACAAAGAAAAUUUAUCAACGAAAACUCAAUCAUAAUCGUACUGAAUCCGGAGGUUUAAAUGGACGAUGCAAACAAGAACUACAACAUUUACGAAGUGACAAACUUGAUGUUGAACGUGAUUUAAUACAUCUCAAUCGUGAUCCAGUUAAAAUAUCAUCAUCAUCAUCACCUGCGAUUAGUCAAUCUUCAUUACUUUAUCAAAAUAAAAAUUCAUCUGAAAAUCCAAAACUACGUUUAUCAUUAAUCACAGAAGAAAACUCAUCGAUAUGUAUUAUGGAAAAACCCACAUCAGUUCCUCGAUAUUCAUCAUUGAUAAAUCGAAGUCAAAUAUCACGGAAUCAUAUAAUACCAAUUAAAGAACGAUCAUCAAUAAAUAAAAUAAAUUCAAACUAUCAACAUGAUCGUUGGUUACGUAAAUAUAGUUUUCAACAAAAUAUUGCUAAAACAAGUGAUGAUCGUUUUUAUCUUCAACAACAUGCUCAUUCAAUUAAUCAACAAAAACGAUUAAUUGAACAAAAAUUAAAAGAAUUUUUAGAGUGA